AUGUCCUCAGUAAGAAUUUAAUAAGUCCCUCGAUAAGAAUUUUUGAAAAUCUAACCAUAAAUGCUUCAAAAAGAUUUCUAUUUGAGUAUGCUUGACUUAGAGGAGAGAGUUAAUAAUGCGAAAACAGUAACUUUAGAGCGUAUUAACCAUCUUAUUGAUAAAUAUGCUGCUUGCGUUGAAUACUUUGAUUCUGUUUCUAACCCAAUCAAAAUUUACUUUUUAGAAAAAAUCUAAAUUACAUUAGCUAAUACCAGAUAUCUCAAUAUACUGAUCAACAGUACAGAAUAAAACAAUAUUUAGAGCCAUUUCUAAUCUUCAAAUACAAAUAAUACCAUAUGUAGCAAAAAUUAAAACAACUUUUAAUAGUUUAUGUAAGAAAUUGAAACCCCUUUCUAACAUUACACAUAAGUUAAAGAUGCUUAGGAUUAAAUUAACGAUAGCUUAGAAAGCAAAAAAAUGAUAUUUUAAGAAACAUAGAAGAAUAAGUUAUUUAUAAAGGGAUUAGCAGAUGAUAUUUUAUAUGAUUAAAUUGAUACUCAAGCUACAGAAAGAACUUUAGACCAAGAAAAUUUAGGGGGUGCAGAAAUUAUAGAUGAUACUUGUAAUUAAGGACUUACUUAAUUACUCAAGAAUGAAAUAAAUAGCCAUUAGAAUAACAUUCAACGCUAAUAUUACCACCAUAGAAAUUAAUUUUCAGGAGAUUUUUCAGAUUAUGCAUCUUACAACAAUAGUAUUGUAAUGAUAGAUUCCAAAACUUAGAGUAUUAUAAACCACUUGAAUUAAGACUUAUUCUCACCUAAAAAUAUUGAGGAAGUUUAUGAUGAUUAAAAGAAAAAGAUUGAAAGGGCAAAAAGAGUAGAACUCUACAUGAAAGUACACGCUCAUUAAAAUAAACAAGUAGAUGAAGCAUAGAGUAUCAAUCACAUUAUCUCUAAUUAUGAGCAGUCUUUUAAAUAGAAUGAUGAUCUCAUAAGAAACGAUAUACAGAACCAAAUAGAUCAAAUUAAUCAAAAGAUUUCAAAGAAAAAAAAAAAGAAUUACAUUUUUGAAAUAAAUAAAAACACCAGCGAUUGUAAGUCUCCAACGGAAUCUCAUACCUCAACAGAAUGA